UCUGAAUUCAGCUCGCUCCUAAUACCUUUAUCUUGACAUGUCUUCUACCCCACUUACCAAACCUACCGGAAUGUCCACCCCUGCCAAGCCAGUUGCUGUUCCAGCUGACGUGAGCCACCGAAGUGCCUACGGCAGCUUCAUGUCCACCUCUGUGGGAUCUUCGAUCUAUUCUAGCAGCCAUCAGUGUCGUGCUUCGGGCCUGUCCGCUGCUUCAGCAUCGGAGGCUACUGGAACAACACCAACCAGUUUUUUUGCAUGGUUAUCAUCAUCGCCUGCAUCCCCUGCUGUCUCGUCGUUUCCCAUGUCUUCACCUGCUUCCACUUCUUCGCCACGGGUCCGCCAAUUCAACGACGGUCCAUUUUCUGGUGGUUUCCGAUCCAACGUUUACUACCAUUAGAUGCAUUAAUCUCAUGUACAGCUGCCUAUUGUUUAUAGAGGUUGUUUUUAGUUUAUAGUGCGCAACAUUACUUCACUGCCUAUUGUCAGUUAUUCACUCAGCGUACUUUGCCGACUUCUUUCCUUGGUCCUUUGCUUUGGGCCUAAGCAUGUCAAGUCUUAUUCAAAUGUAUAUACCCAAAUAUAUUACCUUUUUGAUUUUC